GUAUUUAAGUAUUAAAAUGUUUUCCAAAAACAUCGGAAAAUUGAAAAACAUUAGUUUCCUCCAUACCAAGCACACCCAUAGUUUGCACUUUGUUGUGAUUGUGGUGUGAAAUUGACCUAAAAUUUCUUUUAAAAUGUGAUUGUUACUGAGUUUAUUAGCCGUGUUGCUGUGUGAAUUCACUUUGUUUUUACAGUUCUACUCUCUUUUGCGUAUUUUUUUUGUUUAAAGUAGCUGUGCUUGGUUUAGUUGUGAAAAUAUUGAUUUUAUUUAUUUAUUUAUAGAUGCUGAAUUUAGUCCGCUGUGAUUGUGGUGUGAAAUUGACCAAAGCUUUCUUUUAAAAAGCCAUACUGAAUGGAUUUAGUAGCCGUGUUGCUCUGUUACUUCAUUUCCCCCCAAGUUUUACUCUGUUUUGUGUAUUCUUUUUGGGGUUAAAGUAACUUCAUUUGGUGUUGCUUUGCAAUGUUUAUGAUUUCCUUUUUUAUUUAUUUAAAUUUAUAGUUGCUGAAUAUAAGCAGCCGUGAUUGUGGUGUGAAAUUGACCUAAAAUUUCUUUAAAAUACGAUGCUGACUGAAUUUAUUGGCCGUGUUGCUGUGUAAAUUCAUUUUUUUCCAGUUUUACUUUGUUUUGCGUUAUUAUGUUUUUGGUUUAAAGUAGCUUUAUUUGGUGUAGUUUUGCAAGAAGAUUGCACUUUGAAAUUGACCAAAGUUUCUCUGAAGUGCGAUUGUGAUGCUUAAUCCACUAAGUUGUUCUGUAACUUUCUUGGAUUUUACGGUUUGUUUUGCUUGUUUCUGUUCUAAGGUGCUUUGCUUGGUGGAGUUUCGGAAAAAUGAUCUUUGGGAUGGAUAUAUGCUGAAUUUAAUAUCCGAUGCUAUUGGGGUGUAAAAUUGAAGUAAAUUUCUCUUUUUUAAACGCGAAAGAUUGAUCAAAACUGUUAAGCUUUGUUAGAUUGGUUCUCUAGUAAGUUUCCGUUGGGAAGCCGAUUGAAAAGUAGUGCUAAAAUUUUCCCUCAAACUGGCACCACAAGUCUUCCGAUGGAUUCUGACGGCUGUCCAGUGAUAAUGUAGUAUUUCCAGCCGUUGGAAAUUCGAUAAAGUCGAGUAGUCUACACUUUAGUCAAUAUUUUAGCAAAUUCACCAUUCACUUUUAUAAAUAUUAAAACGCGUAUGUGCUUGUUUACAUACGUGAAAGUGACAAGGAAAAGAUUAUAUGCAAUGUGGAUGUGAAGGACAUAGCCGAGCAUCUCAGGCUAACACUGAAGAAAGAGCAAGAAGAAAAGGAACAAAAGAGAAAGGAGAAAGUAGAGGAUCAUCUCUACACAAUCAUCAAGGUAGCUCGUGAUGAAGAUCUUGGUGAACAAAUCGGAAAGGAGAUUGAUUUUGAUCUUGUGGUCAUGAUAAAGUGCGUACUUUUCGUAUUCAGAAACAGAUACCAUUUACUCAAUUCAAGCAUGAGAAUGAAUUCAGUUUGCCCUUGUUUAAUAGAGAGGCGUCUGAAAUUUGUUUCUUCAACAACUUGAAAUAUGGAAGGAGGAAGUUGCUAAGGAAUUGGGUAUACCGGUGCAAUUUCAACGUUACUGGAUAUGGGCAAAACGCCAGAACCAUACGUAUCGGCCUAAUCGUACAUCGACAGCUCAAGAGCAAACUCAAUCCGUUGGUCAACUGAGAGACAAGAAUAAUGCUGAGUUAAAACUGUUUCUGGAAGUAGAAUUAUGCCUGGAUUUGCGACCUUUUCCUCCACUAGAGAAGACCAAGGAAGAUAUCCUUCUAUUUUUCAAACUUUAUGACCCCUUGAAAGAGAAGAUAAGGUAUGUUGGACGGCUUUUUGUAAAAGAAAGUGGCAAGCCACUGCAGAUACUAACAAAGCUAAAUGAGUUGGUUGGCUUUUCGCCUGACGAAGAAAUCGAACUUUUCGAGGAAAUAAAAUUUGAACCCAACGUGAUGUGUGAACGCAUUGACAGUAAGCUGAGUUUUUGUGAGUGUGAGAUAGGAGAUGGGGAUAUAAUUUGCUUUCAGAAAUCCCUUCGAAAUCACUGCAGUGAGCAAUAUCGCUUUCCUGAUGUUCCUUCGUUUUUGGAGUAUGUGCACAAUCGCCAGAUAAUCAAAUUGUCCAUCUUUGUUGGAUCGAAAUUUAUUACUUUGCUUCGUCUUUCGCUGCCGGAAGAGCUGGAAGUGGAUGUUCCUAGUUCCGACUUUCCUACUAAGAGACAUCAGCCUAUCGAAGUUGCACCAGCGGGCACAGCAAGUAUGGUUGAUGUACAGGCGGUGGAUGAUCUUGAGGCAGUCCGGUUCACUUGGACUAUCAAUAAUUUUUCAAGGUUGAUGGUGAAGGAGUUGUACUCUGAAGUUUUUAAUGUAGGAGGAUAUAAAUGGAGGAUAUGGAUAUUCCCAAAAGGGAACAAUGUAGUAGACUGUUUAUCAAUCUACUUGGAUGUGGCAGAUUCUGCAAGAUUGCCUUACGGGUGGAGUAGAUGUGCUCUGUUUAGCUUAGCUGUUCUCAAUCAAGUUCAGAACAAGUUAACUGUGAAAAAAGCUGUGGAGAAUUAUCAAACUGAGACUUUUCUGGAUAACUUAUUUCAGCGACUCAACACCAGUUUAAGGCAGGAGAGAGUGCCUGGGGGUUCAAAUCAUUCAUGUUUCUAAGUGCACUAAAUGAUCCCGGAAGAGGUUAUCUUGUGGAUGAUAGAGUCAUAAUUGAAGCUGAUGUUGUCAUGGCUUAAAGUCAGUGAUCGCUGAAGGAAAAUUCUUCUUCUUCUCUGAAAAUGUAUCUUAUUUUGACAAUGUGCAGAUAUUCCCUAUCAUGCUUUCCUUUAAAUGAGCAACUAUUAUAUCACUCAUAUCUCUUUUUCUUCUCUUUACUAAUGCAUGAACACACAAUCUUAGAGAUAUUUAUUUAAGUAAAAUGGUCAAAAUUACUUCUA